UCAACAAUAUUGAAGCAGCCAUAAAUCAACAAACGUAACGCGCAAAUUAAUUAAACAUUAUACUGGCGGUCGGUAAGUAAGGUAUGCUUCAUUUAAUUUUAUCCCGUUGGAAGCUUCGUCCACAGAUGGCACCAGAUGGCCCGUUUAUGCGUUUUCGAAACCAUAGCAACAUAAUGCAACAAAGCCAUCAAAACAAAGAGAAAAAGAGUAUACUAACGAGCACAGACCAAUCUGCUGCGGAUUAGAACAUUAAUUUAAAAAAAAAAAGACAAUCCAAAACAAUCGUCCAACAGAUUCAUAUUCAUGUCGACGUUCAUCGUAACUUGUUAUUUACCUGACACUAGACCGGCGUUUUAGUUCUACCGUAACAGGAAUGAACGACAGUUUAUCGAUUCAUUCACAAACUUGUCUUCUUCGUACACCAAGGACUUGUUCACACUAUGGGUUUACUAGCUAUACUGCGCAAACUCCGAUCCAACCCAGAUAAGGAGUUGCGGUUGUUGCUCUUAGGACUUGACAACGCAGGAAAAACUACGAUACUUCGAUGUCUGGCAAAUGAAGACAUCACUCAGGUAACUCCAACUCAAGGAUUCAACAUAAAAAGUGUACACAGCGAGGGCUUCAAGUUGAACGUCUGGGAUAUCGGCGGAGCCCGGAAAAUACGUCCUUACUGGCGCAAUUACUUCGAGAACACCGACGUCCUUAUUUACGUGAUCGAUAGCUCAGACUCGAAUCGUCUGGAAGAGACGGGUCAAGAGCUUUCUGAACUUCUAACGGAAGAUAAACUUCGUGGUGUUCCGCUGCUGGUUUAUGCUAAUAAGCAAGAUGUCGCUCAAUCGGUUACGGCAGCUGACAUUGCCGAGGCUCUGGGGCUGCAUAACAUCAAGGACAGGGACUGGCAAAUUCAAUCUUGCGUUGCUACCGAUGGCAAAGGCAUCAAAGAAGGUCUAGAGUGGGCUUGCAAAAGUAUCAAGAAGAAGUAAUAGAAACGUUAAGAGGAAAACAAUGGGUUGUACGGAGCAGCGGGAGCUUGAAUAAUACAUUAUUAGAUCACUUAUAUUUUAUUUGACAUUUAUCUAAUAUUUACAAGAAUUAUGUAUACGAAUCGGCUAUCUACGUUUAUGUAUUAACAAGUCGCAGCCGGAGCAGAUCUGGAGGCUCGCGAGACUGCGUUCAUCCUUUCAUUUCAUAUAAUAUCAAAGAUUUAGAAGAAAAGGCCUUUCAACGCCGUUAUUCAAUAUUUUCACAUUUGUUAAAGGUCAUAAAUUAAAUUUUCAUGCAUAUAUAGGUACUGAGUCGAAAAGUUCUCCUCUUCUCUCGCGAAGCUUAUCGCUUAAUAUUAUAUACGAUUUUUAGUUUUCCUCCUAUCACACCUAUAUUCAUAUAUAUUUAUUAAAUUAUCUUUCAUACCGGUUUCUUUUCUCCGUAUCGUCGUCGUCCUUUUUUUUACCCUUAGAGUCUACGCAAGUUCUAUAAAUUUGUCUUAUCAUCGAAAAAUGUAUAAUAAGAAAAGAAAAAAAAACGAGGUAAAAUCACUGCAUUUCGCUGGAUGAGCUUGAGCGAGUAAACGUUCUCGUCCUACUCGGAGCGUAUUUUUUUGUUCUUCUUCUCUCAUUAUUAUAAACGUUAAAACAGUCUCUUCUGUGUGUGUGUGUGUGUGUGGGAUUAACAAUUAAUUCGUAAACUUAAGGACUUCGGGUUUAGAGUUCAUCACUGUGCGGAAACUCCGUGGUCACUCGGAUCUCCUCUUCGUGGAAAGGUGUGCAUUCAGCCGGGUACUUCUCCUGCAAUAGACAAGCAUAUCGUUUAUGUUGAUGCGAACGUUGUUUCUGUUUUGUUGAAGCAGUAGGAUUUUUUAUAGAUGACAGUUUAUAUAGAAAUCGUCACCAAAUGUUGCUACUUGUAUACGAGUUUUGUAAAGACACAGCAAACGUAUAAAAUAAAAGAUUGAAAGCGGAAA